AGCAGACACUGUGUCCUGAGUUUCUUUUGUACCUGAGAACAAAAGGUACCUUUUGUACCUGUGUCUUUGCUCUCCCACACAUGGGUGAGCUCCAUACCAGGGCCCCUUAGUGUUCCUUUUCUUAGAUGGGUGUUUAGAUUGGGAAGAUCCGAUCCCAGGAGAGGGAGACAAUAUUCCUCUGGUUCCCCUAAAGAUGUAAGAGGUGGUGACGGGAAGGUAUGGGGAGCAAACUGAUCUGGUUUGAAUAGGUCCAGGCACUGAUUCCUGGACCGUGGGAAUAUGUGACCUGACAUGACAAAAGGGACCUUUCUUUCAGGCAUGACCACUCGAGUCGAAGAUCCAGAAGUGGGAGAUGAUCCUGGAUUCUCAGCUAUACAAACUCAGGGUCCCGAAAGAUACUCUUUUUCCCAGCUUGCUGCACCUCAGCACCUAGAUCUUCACCUGUACAAUAACGAGCAGAUUCUAAGUUGGGAGCCGCCACCCCCCAGCAACGACACAAGACCAGUGGUCUACCAGGUGGAGUUUAAAUAUGUUGAUGGUUCCUGGAAUAAGUUCACAGAGGUAAACUGUACAGACAUCACAGUGACGAAGUGUGACUUCACCAGAGGUGGCCGCUUGAGGGGUUUCUCGGGUAUAUACUCUGUUUCCUUGAGAGUUCGAGCCAAGCAAGGAGAGCGCACCUCUGACUGGGUCACCUCGACUGAGUUUCAACGCUAUUGUAAUGUUACUGUUGGGCCUCCAAAAACUAUCUCAGUGAUCCCAGGAAAAGGCUCCCUCAUCAUCCAUUUCUCACCUCCCUUUGAUGUGACUAGUGAAGCAACUUUUGAGUACCGUGUCCGUUACUGGGAAAAAACAGGAGCCCAACAGGUGAGGGGCCCGUUCAAGGAGAACUCGGUUGUGCUGAGUAACUUGAAGCCAUUCAGAGUGUACUGUCUACAAACCGAGGCACAGCUGACGGUGCAAAACAACAACUGUCGGCCUGGGCUUUCGUUAAGCAACGUGUCUUGCCAUGAAACAACAGCAGAUGCAUCAACCAGGCUGCAAGUCACCCUGAUCGCCGUGGGGACCUUUUCAUUGCUACUGGUGCUGACUGGGGCCUGCUUCUUCCUGUUCCUCAGAUACCAAAGCCGGGUGAAAUACUGGUUUCAAGCUCCACCAACCAUCCCGGAACAAAUACAGGAGUAUUUAAAGGACCCAGACCAGCCCAUCUUAGAUGCCUUGGACAAGGACCACUGCUCAAAGGACGAUGCUUGGGACUCUGUGUCAAUUGUGUCCUCUCCAGAAAAGGAGCAGGAUGUGCUGCAAACACUAUGAGCCAGGCACUGGUCCCUGAUUGCCCAGGACGAUGACCCAGGGUGCUGCCGCCAUUCGGCCUGGACUCUGCAGAGACCACCAAUGCCCUGCGGACUUCCGCCUCAGGAAGGACAUUGAGGGGAAGAUGCUAUACUGUUUAUUCUUUAUGAGUUCUGGAUCAUACAAGUAUCUAAAAGGAUUCCACGGGAAAAUAUCUCAGGAAAAAAAGGUUUCUCUUAAACACUAAAAAGGUAUACAAUCAUUUACGGACAGCACAGCUCCUGGCCUGUGAUGCUCUCUUCUUUGUUUGCUGCCCUGGCUGAUGAGAGCCUGGGGCCUCCCUUCACUUUGCGUUGUCCCAGCUGUCCCAGCCUGUCACAAAGAGGGGCCCUUUGUGUCCCCUUCAUGUCCACUGUGGUGGCUUAAAUGCGACUAUCCUGGGCGCAUUGUUUGGACAAGGUCCACCCCAGCACCUCACACACACAACAGUGAUUAAUCCUGUAAAUAGUGUCAUGAUAAUUUAAGCCAUUUUUUAAAACUAGAAAUAAAGGAUGUAUAUUGAACUUUUAAAAAAA